AUGUCAAAACCGACUCUGAUUUUCGCCCCGGGCGCGUGGUACCCACAAACCAUCUUCGACCCAAUCAUCGAGAAGCUCCCCGACUACCGCAGCCACAGCGUUGCGUUCCCCUCUGUCCACGAGGCAAGCUCAGUCACCCACCUUCGACCAGACAUUGACGCUGUACGGUCUUUAGUACAGCGAGAAGCAGACGAGGGCAAUGAAAUCGUUGUGAUUGCGCAUAGCUGGGCCGGCUUACCCGUAAGCAGCGCACUGGAAGGUCUGAGCAAGACGGAACGCGAACAAGCCGGCCAAAAUGGCGGCGUGGUGAAACUGCUUUUCAUCGCUGCGUUUCUUCCUAAUAUUGGCGAGAGUCUGAUCGGCGCGUUUGGUGGGAUGCCUCCACCAUGGUACGAGCUUGAUGAGGAAGAAGGAACUGUGUUCUCCAGUGACCCCCUUGUGUUGUUCUUCCAUGAUGUUCCCAACGGCGCCGAAUGGGUUAAAUCGCUCAAGCCCCACGCUUGGGUGGCUCAAACUGCACCUGCUACUGGUGCGGCAUAUCUCACCAUCCCCACAGCCUAUCUUCUAUGCGAGCAGGAUCGCGCAACUCCCCUGCCAGUUCAACAGGUCUUGGUCGAACGUGCUCGACGGAAGGGGGCUGAAAUUGAGACCGAGAAGAUUGCCUCUGGAAACACGCCAUGGUUGGCUCUGCCUGAUCAGUUUGUCUCUUACAUCAAAAAGCAUAUUGCGGUCUAA